AAAAUGAUCGGAGAAAUUCAAAGCAUUUUGAAAAGAGUUUCGAGACGGAUUCAAAGGGAAGGAGAGAAUGUUGCAGUAUCCGGCAUUCAUGCUACAGUACCCUUGGUCUACUGAGACAAUUCCGACGUCGUUUCUUCUUCCUGCCCAGUGGCCCCAUCCCCAGAGCGAUGAGCUCCUCCUUGCCAUGGAGGAGUCAGAUUUUGAAGAAAAGUGCAGUGAGAUCGGAAAGAUUAAUAGCAACUUAACUGUGAUCGGGAAGACCAACAUAGUUGAUAACGAUAAAGAAGAUUUUGACAAUGAAGCUGAGGAUGACGAUGUUGAUAAUGGAGAAGAGUCUGAAGGUGAUGACUUCGAUCAGGAAACCGGUUGACUUUAUUUUUUGCCAUAAAACAUACAUCGUAAGUUUCAUCCGCAACUAUGCUUUAGACUGCUCUGCUUCUUUCACUUUGUAAUUCUGCAUUUGGUGCCAAUACUUUUAUCGAUUAAAAACCAAUAUCAUGUAACAAUUACUUCCAAUUAUAACAUCCUGCCUAUUAAUUUGUAUACAAAUUAUUUUUAUCUAAAAA